ACCCGGUAUUGCACCGCAAUUCCCCUAGUAUCAUCUCCCCGUCUAAAAGAUACGACACCAGCUCUCUCAGAAAGUCUCCAUGUCUCAACAGGUGACUCCGGGCCGCACAAAAUCAUCUCGGCAUUUCGUUGCUGGACUGGGUUCCGGCGUUGCAUCGGCGGUGCUGCUGCAACCGCUUGACCUACUCAAGACUCGUGUUCAACAAUCUGGCCACCGGUCACUGACGUCGUAUCUCAGGGAGGUUGCCGCUGCCCCCAACAAGAUCCAGACGCUCUGGCGCGGCACAAUCCCGUCAGCCCUUAGGACCGGCUUCGGUUCGGCCCUCUACUUCACAUCCCUCAACUCCAUCCGCCAACAUGUGGCCCAGUCGCGCUUAUUGAGCCAAGCCGCCGGCAACAGGGCAGCACACUCGUCCUCACUACCGACGCUAACCCCAUCGGCUAACCUGGUCGCUGGCGCCGUCGCCAGGACGUUUGCCGGCUUUGUCCUCAUGCCGUUGACCGUCAUCAAGGUUCGAUAUGAAUCCAAUUUGUAUUCCUACAAAUCCCUGCUCGGCGCAUCUUCCGACAUCUACAGGACGAAUGGCCCGCGAGGCUUCUUUGCUGGCUUCGGUGCUACCGCCGUCCGUGAUGCACCGUACGCGGGCAUGUAUGUAUUGUUCUACGAGCUGCUCAAGAAGCAGCUCAGCAGUCUGUCUACUCGAAAAGACGGCCAAAACUCGAAUCGCCCCGUCGCCAUUACAACAUCACAUGCAACGCUUGUCAAUUUCAGCUCUGCCGUCAUGGCGGGUGGAGCGUGCUCCGUUAUCUCAAAUCCUUUUGAUGCUAUCAAAACUAGGAUUCAACUGCAGCCGGCUGUUUACAGGAACAUGUACCAGGCUUGCCACAAGAUGAUUUUGGAAGAAGGCGUUCGGUCACUUAUGGAUGGUGUCGCGCUCCGCAUGAGCAGAAAAGCAAUGAGUUCAGCCUUGGCCUGGACUGUGUACGAAGAACUGAUGAGAAGAGCUGAACGUACUUGGUCCUCAAACUUGACGACGACAACGACAGCGGAGCCGUAGCGAUUACGCACUCCAACAUACAAUCCCACCUUGUUCCACUGAAAGAAGCCCAACGUCCCGCAAAGACGACUUGUACUAGUAGCUAAUGGUAUAUAUCCCUUCGGAAAAACAAAUAACCUGAGCAGCCCUGUUGGAGUGUUGUGGGCAUCUACGAUAUCUUGUGUGUGGCCUCCCCU